AAUCAGUUACUAGUUACUUAGUUACUUACCUAGUUAGUUAGUGACUCAGGUAGUUAGUUAGAGAAGCAGCUCCCCCACGGGGCCGGACCUCCCCCCGGGGCCGGACCUCCCCCUGCCGGUCGCCUCGGAGCCGGGCUCUGGACGAGGUGACCUCCAGGACCCCGAACGGACCGGAACCUCCUGACAUGUCGGUGCCGGACCGGGACCAGUGAGCGGACCCGGUGAGCACCUCAUGCCCGUCGGGAUGGCCCGUCGCUCGGCGCUGAGCCUGGCGGGACUCGGGGCUCGGCUCCUCCGGACCGCGGCCGCCCACCGGGCGCCCUCCGCCGGGUUCAGGCCGGAGAAGGUGGCGGUGGUGACGAAGACCACCCGGUACGAGUUCGAGCAGCAGCGGUACCAGUACGCGGGUCUGUCCGAGGAGGACCUCACCCAGCUGCUGGCGAUGAAGGGCUCCAGCUACACCGGUCUGCAGGAGAGACACAACAUCCACACCAACAACGUGCAGCACAUUGUGAAGAGUCUCCGGAGCGAAGGCAUCGAUGUGCGAGUGGUGAAGAGAGGAGAGUACGAUGAGGAGGUCGUCCGAUGGGCCGACGCCAUCAUCUCCGCUGGAGGUGAUGGCACGAUGCUGCUGGUGGCCGGUAAGGUUCUGAGCAAACACAAACCCGUGGUGGGAGUCAACACCGACCCGGAGAGGUCAGAAGGUCACCUGUGUCUGCCGGUCCGGUUCACCCGGGCCUUCCCUGAGGCUCUGCAGAAACUGGGUCGUGGUGAGUUCAGGUGGCUCUGGCGCCAGAGGAUCCGGGUUCACCUGGAAGGAACCGGGAUCAACCCCACGCCGCUGGACCUGCACGAGCAGCAGCUGAGCCUGGAGCAGCACAGCCGGGCGCACCGGGUCGCCAUGGAGGGACGGCACAAGACCGGAUCCCUGCAGCCCAGCUCGUCCCAGCCGAGCCUCCUCCCGAUCAGGAGCCUGAACGAGAUCUUCAUCGGAGAGUCUCUGUCCUCCAGGUCCAAGUUAAAACCCGUCAAACCCCGUGUUAACCUCUUGCUCCGUAGGGCGUCCUACUACGAGAUCUCUGUGGACGACGGGCCGUGGGAGAAGCAGAAGAGCUCCGGACUCAGCAUCUGCACAGGAACCGGAUCCAAAGCCUGGUCGUACAACAUCAACAAGCUGACGGAACAGGCUGUGGAGGAGCUGCUAGUGAUCGGAAAGUCUCUCACCGGACUCGAUAUCCCACUAAAUCGAGAAUUCAUAGAAAAGGUGACCGACGGAUACAACGAGUCGCUGGUGUUCGCCCCGGACGACCGACGCUUGUUCUACAGCAUCAGGGAACCCAUCGUCAACCGGGUUUUCUCCAGCAGUCGCCAGAGAGGCUUCGCCAACAAGGUGAGCGUCCGCUCCCGCUGCUGGGACGCCUGCAUGGUCGUGGACGGAGGGACGUCGUUCGAGUUCAACGACGGCGCCAUCGCCACGAUCAGCAUGAGCGAGGACGACCAGCUCCGGACGGUGGUGCUAGAAAACUGAUCCGUGUCCAGAGCAGGUGACGCCUGGUCAUCAGGUCAAAGGUCAAAGGGAAGAACCGAGCUUUAGCUUUUAGCUCCACACGUGUUUAUAUUUUUAUACCUGAUGAAAAGGUAUCAAUGUUUCUAAUGUGUGAUUUGGGCUUUUUUCUCCAAAUCUGAUCAAUUAAAAUCAGUUUUUUUCCCUUUUGAUUUAAUAAAAUCCUCCCAACAGGAUGUAAUCAUCGAUGAUUCAUCGUGUAGAGACGAGCGGCUUCUUCACAAAUUACUAAACUAUUAUCUGUUCAAAUCAAAGCCUGGAGGAGAUGAACCUGGACGAGAGGAGACGAUCCAGCGUCUCCUCCUGGAAACAGAUCUUUACAAAGAGUCGCAAACACUGAAGAGGAGUUUUUGAUUAAUGUUGAUUUUUUGGUGCUGAUAUUGAUAAUUUAGCUUAUUUGAUUUCUUGCUUCAAACCAAAUACAACCAGACACGUAGAACCUGGACUCAGAAAAUAUCAUUUAUGUAAAAUACGAACAGAAAUUCAAAUCUUAAAUGAUAUUGACAAACGUGGACACUGAUGUCUGUGAAAAACUCAUCGGAUAAAUAACGUAGAGAAUAAUUUCUUUAGAAGUUUCCCCAUUUUCCAAUAUCAGUAUUUGGACGAGUCUGAAGUGGUGAAUUUCUUUGGGUGCGUUUCCUUCUCUGGAUGAAUCCACGAGCGCUGCAGAAAGAUCAGAAGAAUGAUGUGAAGUGAGAAGCACAGUGGUUGAUUGUUACGUUUGUUAUUGACCUAAGAUAUUUUUGGAAUAAAGGGUUUAUAGGAUUUAUAUUUUAUAGCUGUGGGUGCUGAAAAGAAAAAGCAUUAAAUGCACUAAAAACUGAAUUUUGGGCCUUUUUCUACAUUUUUAGGUCAAAAGUUUGUCUUUAAAACUUCAAACUAGAAAACACAUUUGGGAAGAGCUUCUGAAAACGGCUCCAGGGCACAAACUGCUAAACGUAAAGACACUAAAUAGUUUGAGAUGUGGAGCCGGUUUGAACCGGUCGUGUCACUGAUGCAUCUUGUGACACGUGGUCGACUCCUGUGUCUCCAACAAAAUGAUUAAAUUGUUAAACGCUUUGUGCCAAA